AUGCCAGACUGGAAGUUCGUUAACGAGGCUGCAGAACAAAUUCUGCACGAGGGAUUCAAUGGGGAUCUAUAUCAGCGACUAGGAGGAGCUCUUAUUGCUUCAGAGGCGCAACCCAUAUCACAGGGUCAAGCUGAGGCCCGAGUCAAGAAGGAGGCGGCCGAUCAGUGCCGCACGGCGAAGAAGCGUGCAAAGAAGGAGGCAGAUCCGAGGGAAGCAUUGGAGAAGGCACAUAUUGAUACAAAGCAAGCGGAAGAGAAACGUGUAAGAACGCCUCGGGGAGUCAUGAAUGAAACUGCUCGACACGUUCGCCAACACUGCGGCAUCAACGACGAAGAGGACUUUACCAACCAUCACGCAUCGAUGAUGAUUACCCACCCUAUUGGAGAACCUCAGACCGUUACUGGACGAGCUCUAGCGAUAUAUAAGGCGGCCCUAUCAAGACACUUUGACAUGGCAUGGAUCGAGGAACAGGACCACAUAUCUGAUCCUACCGUUGCCUCAGCAAACUCAACAACUAUCACCCCAACCCCAUCGGACAUCGACGCCCAGGAUGACAACAGCAUUCGCGCUAUUACCCUACCUCUUGCGAAACUGCUCAGGACGGAUCUCCCCACGAAGGAUCAAGAUUACAUCACCAAGAGGCUAAACGACGUACAAGGUGAGGUGUCUGACUUUAUGGAAUCCGUUGCCAUGGGAGCGGACAACUACUUCAAGGAGAACCCGAUCGUGGAAGCGGGAGUCAUUACUCCGGAGUGGCAACAGAUUGUAUCCGAUGCUAUGGAGUCGAAGUCCCGAGUGAAGGAUCCGGCGACCUCGCUAUCCCAGGAUUAUUUGCAGUACCUUGGAGCUCGGAUUCCAGAAUUGAGACGUGCGAGGAAGACCCCCAACACUAUCACCCACCCCUUGUGGGAUACGGUGCUUGAAAGCAUCUAUAGCGGGAAGCUGGUACCACAAGCCUGGGAUGAUUCAAGGCAUCCUGACUCACCCUCAUCCAACCCCUUCAAGACCAUUCCAAGCUUGUCUCAAGCCUCUGGUUCCGGCGCUGUGGAUGAUGCCUAUGCUGCUGCUGAUGCCAAUGUCGAGGUCGGAUACCAGUCAGAGGACUCAUCGAAGGAAAGCCUGGGGGGUUUGACGACCACACUCAUGCGAGAGUACGCUACGAACAUCAAGAUGAUAUGGUCUGGAGACAUUUACGAGAGGUUGAGACGGUACGUGGUGCACAAUGUUCUCCGACUCAAUCUACGACCCCAGAGUGAGGAGAAGCACCGCAUCCAAAAGCGGAAGCGUGCUAUCAAGGAAGCCGAGGAGGUGAAGGAGGCGUCGGCAUCGACAAGCCGAAAGCGUCGAGAGUCCCUGAGGAACUGGAAAAGUCGAGACGAGGAGCGCAUCAACAAGAUUUUCGGGCUCAUUGACAUCCAUCAAGAGUGGCGGCCAGGAGUCAAGGAGCAGAACAAGUCACGUGGACUCACCCAAAGCGACGACUACGAGACGGACUCGGAGUUUGACGACUCAGACAACUCAGACGACGAUAUGGAUACCGAGUUGGUUGUUUCGGGCUCGAGCAAGAGCAGCGAUGAUAUUUUAAGGCCUUGCACUCACACAGCAGAUCAAGAUUGCGAGAUGGGGGUCAUGGAGGAGCAGUCAGAUGCUGGUCGCUCUAUUAAUGCAGAGGCUCAGAGUAGUGGUCCGUCUCAAUCUGUCGCACGCUCCUCAACAGGGCAAAAGGAGCCGACGUCAAAGAAGCUCCGAGGUCUAGAAGCAGUAGCUAUCAGGUUGCUGGAAUUGCCAGACUCGAACAUACCCAUCACUGAAGAGACAGUCAAGGCGAAGCUCUACGAGCCUGAAAUGUACAGCACGGAUGAGAUUUUGGCCGUCUUGCGGCUAGUGACAUUACUGAGACCGUUUACCCCUAAGAAGGCCCACUCAGGACCCCAGUCACCUUCCUAUCCAAAGAGCGUCUUGACUUUGGGGCCGUUUGUGUAUAUUGCAAAUGCAAUCUUGAGAUCGGCGGGAUACAAGGAUUUCACCCGUAGGAUUUGCCCAGUUCCUGCUGUUGGAAAUCGGCAUGCUGUGCCGUUGGACGCGUUAGGGGUGUAUGACAUAUUUGGCGGGCGAGCACCAGGACGCUUCGAUAUCAAGGACCCAAGUGGUCGAGUAAUCACCACGUCGACCGUCGCGAGACUGUCUACCGAUCAUCGCAAAUAUGUUUUCGGUGGACUUUUCAAUAUCGCCAUCAUCAACGACGCCUGCACGAAACAUGGACUUGAUUUCGCACAAAGAAUGACUGCUUACGAAGACAAGAAGAAGAAGCAUGUUAAGCCACCAGGUGUGAUCAACUGGACGUCGGAACUACUGGAAACCGGGCACACCCCUCAAUCUGCAGCCAAAGCGUCGGAGGAGAUCAAGAUUGUUCAGGAUCGUUUGGUCACAGAGCUACAACCCCUCAAGAAGGGCCUCAAGGCAGCCAUGACGGUCAGGAGAGAAAAGGACCGCACUCUUCGCCACUAUGAAGGACACGACCAGAGACACAAGAAGGGAAUCUACCAGAACCUACAGGAGGCACGAAAAGUCGUCAACAACUUGAAGAUCAUUCCUCUCGAGGCUGAGAUCCGGGAAAAGAAGCAGCAACGCUACUAUUACAACAGGUUGUCCAAGGCGACCGCCCCCCCAACAGCACUAUCAGAAGACCCUUCUCCCCUGCCCAUCACGACUGUCACAGAGUCUGUCCCAACCGUUCAACAUGCUGGGAUGCAAGACUUUGUUCAGACAACCUCCAUCAAGCAGCUACUGAUAGAAAUUGAAGACAAGGACCGACAACUACCUGUACCGGGCACUGACAGAGGAUUGGUGACUAUGUCUGAGACUGUCCCCUCCUUGUGGUCAACUCUGGAAUCUUUAUCAAACCGAUACUAUAUUCUCCAUGGUCAUCCUGAUACUCACCACACCGGCAACGACGACGGGGCUUCAGAGCCGCCCACCUCUCACGCUGAUGCUGUGGACAUGGACAUUAAUGGCACGGACACCCAGCCCUCUCUGCAUUCAGAAUCGAAAGUGUCAUCUCUUCCAGAACGGACUCGGAACGCCAUAACGAUAACAGGCUCUUUAUCCCGGAAGGCAACGAUGGAGGACAUGCGUUUUGCCAAGUCCAACCGCAUCACCGCAAAACAGGUCAAAGAAGUCGGUGGAGUAGGAAGGGCGACUCGAACAAGGGAGCGUUUGCUUCGACAGCCGGAAAAUCAGAGGAUCUCGGAGCUUCACAAGGAGAUAGGAGAAAACUCCGUUUUGAAGGCGCAGACUAUCAGUGAAGUUGACUCUGCACAGGACUUUUCCAGAGGAACAGGACAGACCCAACCAGCAUCAGUCAACACAGUCGACCCUAUCGAUGGGUGUUGCAAGUGUGGUAGACACCACCUCCCAAUCCGCGUUGGAAGGGCACUCACCUAUCCACAGGAAUGCCCCAGAGACGCGUUGCCCAUCAUCCCUAUCAUGUUCGUCGGGACGGCAGGAAUCGGAACCGGGAGUCGCAUUGGCGGUCAUCUGAAGUACGGCGGAAAAAAGGUCGUUGAGCGACAUGCCCUCUCCGUCCCUGUACUGAUGACCGAUGAAAACAUGACAAGCAAAGUCUGCUCGUUGUGCUUUGCGAUUCUACGCCUCGUCAAGGAACUGAGACUUGUCAACGAAGUCGAGAAGCUGGUCACAAUCAACGGUGCGGUCCAGUGCGAAAACCCCAACUGUGAGAGUGUCCGCGCCGGUUAUGCACGUCGAGGCAGGGACAGCAAUGCAUGUGUCAACAUUGCACUUGCGGGAUUCACGACAAUCAUGAGCGACAACAGACAGCGACUUCCUCCCUACAGGAGAUCCACGCGUCCAGAGGGCGCCACCCCUUCAGAACCCCAGUCUCUCGCUACUGGAACACAACAAACAUCGAGCACUUCGACAACGGACCCAUUGACAACAAUGGCUCCAGCGACGCUGCUGAUGAGCUAG